ACAACAACACACAUUACAGUGAAUAAAGUUUUUGGUUGCUAUAUUUGAGCAAAUAACAUGCAAUUAACAACCGUGAACACGUUGUGUUUUGUAGUUAUUCCAACUGCCACGUGCACGCAACCCCUUCAUAAUCCUUCACCUCUCAUUUCAACUUUCAUCGAACUCAUUCUUCUGUGAGUUUCUGAGUUUGAGUUUGUUUGAAUACAAGUUGAAAAAAAAUUUUAAAAAUAUUUUUAACUUGUAUUCAAACAUCUCUCUCCAAGAUGGGUGCCAACAAUUCAAGGCUGCCAGGAAGUGGGGGAGAGGUGUUGCCGGCUAAAAUCCGGCCUCUACUCCGCCGCCGAGUGGAAGAGUUGAGAAGACGGAGGAGCGGAGCCACUAUGGGAAGAGAACAAGAAGAAGAGGCUACAUUCUCAAAGAAGCAUAUUCUCAAUUUUGAUGAUGAAAGUGAGAGUUCUACAAUUGCCAAACGUGGAGAUAGCCUCUCCAAAGUGGUUCCCUUGCCCGUUGAAAAGAAGGAUGAGGUUGUUGACAGUGAUGAAGAGGAAGAAGAAGAAGAAGAAGAAAACGAGGAGGAUGAUGAAAUUGAAAGUGGAAGAUUUAUAGGUCCUGCCUCGCCUAGCUUCAAAAUUUAUUGCAUUCAACCUGAGAAUAGUAAAAGAGAGGCAGAAUUAUGUCGCUCAAAUGCUCUAGGUGAUCAUGAAAAUCAAACGUGUGUGUUCCAGAAAUCACCUAGUGCUAACAGUGUCGAAAGCUCUGCAUCAGCUGACACCAACGAGAUGCUUCAGCUUGUUGAAAUGAAAUCAGCUCCGAAGAGAAAAGGAAAUAAGAAACAGAAAUUCGGGGCAAUGAAGAAUAAUAUAUUCCACGUUAGGCAUCUGCGUAACCGAAGGCACCCAAUGGAUUGCUCUUCCAAUGAAAGAAGAAAUAUUCUUACAGAGCAUUGAGAUGCCAGAAAGAAUGAAGACAAAUUAUUAUUAUUUGUUUGGGCUUCCGUAGGAACUUGUUCAAUUUCUUCUAAAUCGUCAUAUAUCAGUCAGUAGUUGAUCAUUGUAAAUUGUAAAACAUUCUCUUUGAAUCUCUCUUUCUUUCGAUUAUAUAUUUAUGUAACUAAUUA